CCACAAUGAGCACCUACUUCCAAUACCCGACCCCCGAGUUGCAGGAGGAGCUGAAGAAGAUCGCGCAGGCGAUCGUCGCUCCCGGCAAGGGUAUCCUCGCUGCCGAUGAGUCCACUGGAACCAUGGGCAAGCGUCUCCAGGACAUCGGCGUGGAGAACACCGAGGAGAACCGCCGCAAGUACCGCCAGCUCUUGUUCAGCACUGACCCGGCUCUCUCCGAGAACAUCUCCGGAGUGAUCCUCUUCCACGAGACGCUGUACCAGAAGGCGGACGACGGCACGCCGCUGGUCAGCCUGCUGGAGAAGCGCGGCAUCAUCCCCGGCAUCAAGGUCGACAAGGGCGUCGUCCCGCUGUUCGGAUCUGAGGACGAGUGCACCACCCAGGGUCUGGACGACCUUGCCCAGCGCUGCGCCCAGUACAAGAAGGAUGGUUGCCACUUCGCCAAGUGGCGUUGCGUGCUGAAGAUCGGUCGCAACACGCCGUCCUACCAGUCUAUCCAGGAGAACGCUACUGUUCUGGCCCGCUACGCUUCCAUCUGCCAGAGCCAGCGUAUCGUGCCCAUUGUGGAGCCCGAGGUCUUGCCUGAUGGUGAGCACGACCUUGACCGCGCCCAGAAGGUGACCGAGGUGGUGUUGGCUGCCUGCUACAAGGCUCUCAGCGACCACCAUGUCUUCCUCGAGGGUACCCUGUUGAAGCCCAACAUGGUGACCGCCGGCCAGUCGUGCAAGAAGACGUAUACUCCCAUGGACGUCGCCCGCGCCACCGUCACCGCUCUUCUCCGGACCGUGCCCGCUGCCGUUCCCGGCGUCACAUUCCUCUCCGGUGGCCAGUCUGAGGAGGAGGCCUCCGUCAACCUGAACGCCAUCAACGCCGUUGACCUCAAGCGACCCUGGGCCCUGACCUUCAGCUACGGUCGCGCCCUCCAGGCAUCCGUGCUCCGUGCUUGGGCCGGCAAGCCUGAGAACGUUCUGGCUGGACAGCAGGAGCUUCUGAAGAGAGCUAAGGUGAGGGAAUGUGGGCCUUAUGGAUGAAGAGUUAGGUGGAGU